CCAAUAAGGACGCGGCUCCGUGCUUGUUUGUGGUGUUGAGGUUAGAUUUUGGUCUGUGUGCGUUCUAAUCAUUAAUAUCAACUUAUUAUAUUGUACGUUGGAAGACAGAAACGUGCGAACGUGUAAGCGUAUGCAUUGAAAAAUGUUCUGGUUCGAAACAUGGAGCAAUUUGAAAUAGUUUAUGUUUCGAGUGCAUGUAAUCGUACUCCACAUAACGCCGACUGGGGUACAAAUGAGUUGAUUUGUUACGGUGCAUCUCAUUCUGUUGCAUUAUACGAUCCUAAGUAUGCUGAUGCUGGGAAGGUGCUGUCAGUGUUUUGUCAACAUAAAGGACGAGUGAACUCAGUUCGGUGGAUUAGACAUAAAGAUAGAUUUCCAGAAACAGAAUUUGUGUCUGCUUCUUCUGAUUGUACUGCUGUUAUUUGGACUAGAACUUAUGGCUGUAAUUUCUCUCCUACAUCUAUCUUGAAGGGUCAUCAGAAUACAGUUACUGUUGCUGAUGGUAUUUAUGUGUCAAGUAGAAAUGUUGAUUCAACUAAACAGGCUGCAAUUAUUGCUACUGCUUCAGUUGAUUCCACAGUAAAAAUAUGGAUUCGUCAUGAAAAUGAAGAUGCUGUUUGUUUGCAGACAUUGAGCUUUGGCUCUGGCUUCUGUCUAUGUGUGCGCCUCUGUUUUCUUCCUCAAACAGAGAUUGUCCUGCUUUCAUGUGCUGCUGAUGAUGCAAAAAUCCAUUUGUUUGCUGAGAGUAGCAGUGGUUAUACUUGCUGUGAUGUACAGGAAGGUUUGAAGCCACAUACCAAGCAGUUUAUCAAAGUGGACAGUUUGGUUGGCCAUGAUGAUUGGAUCAGAGCUAUGGAUUUUACUUUGGAUGAUUCAGACCAUCUUCUCCUUGCUAGCAGCUCACAGGAUUCUUUGAUUCGUUUAUGGCGAAUUGCUGCAUGUGAUGAGAAAGUGGCGAGACAAAAAAGGAAACUGAUAAGUGAGUUAGAUUUAGAAGAAGAUAUCCAGCCUGAACAGAAGUUCUUCAUGGUGCAGGAUGAUAGAGAAGCAGUACUGUAUUUUUCUGUCUCUCUGGAAUCAAUUCUGGCUGGUCAUGAGGGUUGGGUGUAUGGAGUAGACUGGCAUCCGCCCGUUUACUCAGAAGACAAGAAGAGGUGUACUCAGCCCAUGAAACUUCUUUCCUCGUCUUUGGACAAGACAAUGAUCAUCUGGGAGCCAGAUGUCUCAUCAGGAGUUUGGUUGGAGUCUGUCAGAGUUGGUGAGGUUGGAGGAAAUACUCUUGGAUUUUAUGGUAGUAAAUUUGGCCCUGAUGGUCAGAGCAUUAUUGGUCAUGGAUAUCAAGGAUCCUUCCAUCUCUGGACCUGUUCUAAAGAGCUGGGGAUAUGGGAACCAGGUGUGACUGUGGGAGGCCAUUUUAGUGAGGUUGUUGACAUGCAAUGGGAACCUGGUGGCCAGUUCUUGUUUAGUAUCAGUGCUGAUCAGACAACCAGAAUCCACGCUCCAUGGGUUAGAGAUGAUCAUCGUGAGGUCACGUGGCAUGAACUCGCCAGACCCCAGGUCCAUGGUUACGAUUUUUCUUGUCUAGCAGUUUUGUCACGGUACAGAUUUGCGUCAGGAGCAGAGGAGAAAGUCAUUCGAGCGUUCCAAGCACCAAACAAUUUUGUUGAACUUUUCCAACAGAUAUGUAAAGCAGAAUGUGAUAAAGAUUUUGAAAAUACUGAUGCCUCAACACUUCCUCAGGGUGCAUCUGUACCUGCAUUGGGUCUUUCUAAUAAAGCAGUGUACGAAGGUCAGGAGAAGCCAGCAGAAGGACAUAUCAGGGAUGAAUAUUCAGAAUUCUACUUUACUCCAGUAGAUUUGAAAGAACCUCCUACUGAAGAAAAUCUUUUGCAGAACACAUUGUGGCCAGAAGUUCAAAAACUUUAUGGUCAUGGUUAUGAACUGUUUGCACUUGCUGCAAGCCAUGAUGGCACUCUUCUGGCAUCAGCAUGUAAAGCUACCACUGUGGAACAUGCGACCAUCAUUAUCUGGGACACGUCAACAUGGAAACAAAUCCAAAAGCUUGUGUCUCAUCAGCUGACGGUGACCCAGAUGGCAUUCUCACCUGAUGACCGUUUCCUGUUGUCUGUUUCCCGUGAUCGUCGGUGGAGUCUCUUCCAGUUAAAGGUUCCUGAAUUAGAAAGCAAGAACUACAGACUUAUUGCGAGUACUGAUAAGAAGACAGGAGUGCAUGCUCGUAUUAUCUGGUGUUGUAGUUGGACUCACGAUUCCAAACAUUUUUUUACUGGAUCUCGAGAUGGUAAAGUAGCAGUAUGGGGUCAUAAUGGAGUAACAUCUGAGACCACAUCUCUGCUUGGUCAGUACACUUUAAGCUCAAAGCCACUUGAGCUCCAAAAUCAGUCUGUUACUGCUCUGGCUGUGGCUCCAGUUAAUUUUGCCCCCAACGUAUACCUGGUAGCUGUUGGACUGGAAAGUGGGUGCAUAAACUUAUAUAAGUGGUCGUCUGUCAUUGGAGAAACUGCAGGCGAUUGGCAGACAUGUCUGGAACUUGACAAUUCAGUUGCACAUCACCUGGCUGUAAAGAAACUGGCAUUCCGACCACUAGUGGCCUUUGGAGAUGGCUGUGAUGUUAGCAAUUUGAAGAAACUGCAGAUGUCAAGCUGUGGAGCUGAUCAUGCUGUUAAAAUAUUCAACAUUCAUGUGAACAGAUUGUGAUUAUAAAUUGAUUUUGUAUUUUUAAGAAUAAAUAUAGAGGAAGGUUUGUGGA